AUGACUCGCACAGAACGCGCUGGCUUUCCUCGUGCCUUAUUGCGGGAUCGCUCUGAGUCCAAGUCCGGCCUCGACAAGUCCGUUCGAAAGAAUGGCAGUGGCCAACACAAUUGGGGUAGUAUCAACGAUGAACGCUACCUCGAGGCCGCCGCACUUGCAGACGAGGAGGAAGAGUUCGAGGAAGAUACCACAGGCCAGCAACGCAACAAUUCCGUUCACGAGAAGCCCAAACUCGAGAAACGGAUCAACUCCUUCACGGAGGAAGAAAGGGAGAGUGCUAGGCAGAUCAGGAAGAACGCACUCAAGGCACAAGACCUCGAUUUGUCUAUGAUUGCGCGCACUUCUUCCGCUGCGUCCACAUCUCCACCCACCAGGUCGCCUCCUGUCUCCAUUACUGGCAGUGCGGAGGUACGUUCGUUUUUUUGA